AUGAAUUUACAAACUAAUUGUGCACCAGAUCAGCAGGUCUCAUCUUCUGCUACAACCAAUAAUUUUAUUGAUUUAAUAAAUUCAUCAACUACUUCACCUGUUUUAAGACCACAACAAUCUUUAAAUCAAGGACAAACAAGAUCAAGAACUCCUACAUUAUUAUUACCACCUCAUAGUUUAUCUUCAUCAACUACAAAAUCAAAUUUAAUUAAUGAUAAAUCAAAUACAAAUGAAACUUCAAUAAUAUCAAGAGAUUCAACUCCACAACUAAUAGAUACUGAAACGCCAUCAUCAAUCAAUCAACAACAACAACAAAAUACACCAACUCAAGAUAUAUCAGUAGUAACUCCCUUCUUAGUCAAACAUAUAAGUGAUCAAAAUUUAAUACCUAAAGAUAAUUUUCAUAAAUAUUGUUAUCGUCAUAAUCCAGAUGUUACAUGUAAUAAACAAACAGAUGAAGUUAAAAUGAAAAAAAUUCAAGAUAAAUUAGAAAAUUUACCAAAUAGAGAUCAAGAAGCUAUAAGUCAUGUAUGGUCAAUUUUUUCUGCUGCACCAGUUCAUCAUAGACAAUUAAUUUUACAAGGUUUAUUAACUCAAUGUUGUUUCCCACAAUUAUCAUUUAUAUCACAAGAAGUUUCAUCACUUAUAAAAAUAGAUUUUAUAUCAAUAUUACCACAAGAAAUAUCAUUAAAAAUUUUAUGUUAUUUAGAUUGUAAUAGUUUAUGUAAUGCAGCACAAGUUUCAAGAAAAUGGAAAAGUUUAGCUGAUGAUGAUAGAGUUUGGCAUCAUAUGUGUGAACAACAUAUUGAUAGAAAAUGUCCAAAUUGUGGAUGGGGUUUACCUUUAAUGCAUAUGAAAAGAGCUAGAGAAAUGACUGAAGAUGAUAUAAAACCUAUAAAGAGAAAUGAAGAAGCUCAAGCUGAAGCAGCAGCUGAAGAACUUAGGCAACAACAACAGCAACAGCAUCAAAAUGAAGAGGAGCAACAACCUCAACAAUCAUCACAACCUCAGCAAGCAUCCCAGCAACCAUAUCAACAAUUAUCACAAUCACAACAACAACAACAACAACAACAACAACCAGCAGCACAGUCACAACCAGAAGUUUCAGAACCUAGUCGUAAAAAACAAAAAACAGACAAAACAUCACCAAUUCUUAAAAAAAGACCAUGGAAAUCAGUUUAUUCUGAAAGAUAUAAAUUAGAAAAAAAUUGGAGAAAAGGAAUUUAUAAAUUAAAAUCAUUUAUUGGUCAUACAGAUGGUAUAACAUGUUUACAAUUUAAUCGAAAAUAUUUAAUGACUGGAUCAUAUGAUACAACUAUAAAAAUAUGGAAAAUAGAAACUGGUGAAUGUGUUAAAACAUUAACUGGUCAUACCAAGGGAGUUCGUUCAUUAGUAUUUGAUAAUCAAAAAUUAAUUACUGGUGGAUUAGAUUCAACAAUAAAAGUUUGGAAUUAUCAUACUGGUCAAUGUAUAGCAACUUAUAGAGGUCAUGAUGAUGCAGUUGUUAGUGUUGAUUUUUCAAAUAAAUCUAUAGUAAGUGGAUCUGCUGAUCAUACAGUAAGAGUUUGGCAUGUUGAUUCAAGAACUUGUUAUACUUUAAGAGGUCAUACUGAUUGGGUAAAUUGUGUUAAAAUUCAUCCUGGUUCAAAUACAAUUUUUUCAGCUAGUGAUGAUACAACUAUUAGAAUGUGGGAUUUAAAUACAAAUCAAUGUCUUAAAAUAUUUGGAGGAUUAGAAAAUAAUGGUCAUAUUGGUCAAGUACAAUGUGUUAUUCCAUUAACUUAUAAAGAAGAAUUAAUAGAAGAUCAAUUAAGUGCGGAUGAAAAUGAAAAUGAACAAGGAAAUGGAAAUGGAUCACAGCAAACUAAUAAUUUAGUUUCUGAAAUAUCAACAAGAAAUUUAUCACCAUCAACAACAAAUUCAUUACCAACUCAUAUUUUAACAUCAUCAUUAGAUAACACUAUUAAAUUAUGGGAUGUAUCAACUGGGAAAUGUAUUCGUACACAAUUUGGUCAUAUUGAAGGAGUUUGGUCAAUUGCAUCAGAUACUUUUAGAAUUAUUAGUGGAGCUCAUGAUAGAUUAAUAAAAGUUUGGGAUUUACAAAAUGGGAAAUGUUUACAUUCAUUUGGUAAUAGUUCAAGUGUUUCUUGUGUUGGUUUAAGUGAUUCAAGAUUUGUUUCUGGUUUGGAGAAUGGUGAAGUUAAAAUGUUUUGUUUUGAUUAG